CAUGUCAUUCACUGAUCGCAAAUGCACGCAGUGUCUUUAAAAUGUUGCUAUUAAACCGAUUUGCUGCUUCACGGAGGCAUUUUCAAAAGCUGACGAAGCCGCGUCGAUGGCACCAUACAAGCUUGACAAAUGAGCUGAUUGAAAACAUGGACAAAAAAGCAACAUGGGACAGAUUCUACGUAGAAAAUGGAAACAAAACUUUUGAGUGGUUCUUUGGAUUUCACCCAGUCAAGGAAUUCAUUCUCCCUGUAAUACAGACCAUGUCUCAUUUCCACAGUCACCCAUUACACAUCCUGGACAUGGGCUGUGGUACCUCUGCCCUGGGACCUUGUGUUUACAAACACUCCCCAUGUGCUGUCAAGGUCACAUGUGCUGACAUCUCUCCUGUGGCCAUAAGACUGCUGGAGGAGCACACCAAUACCUCAUCAUUACACUCACAGAACCCAUCCUCUGUUCUUUCCUUCAUAGAGAUGGACUGCACACAGUUAAGAGGACAGUUUGAGCCCAAAAGCCUGGACUUGAUACUAGACAAGGGUACUACAGAUGCUUUAGUUAGAUCUAAUGAAGGGAGAGUCAAGGCUGGUCAGAUAAUAAAGCAGUGCCUACAGGUGCUGAGGACCUCGGGAAGUCUCUUACAGUUCUCAGACGAGGAUCCUGAUGCCAGGCUUGUUUGGCUGGAGAGAGAGGUUAGAGAAACAGAUCAGGCAGCUGAUGUGGGAGUUCAAGAGGUAGGGGAAUUGAGAGGGGUCAGUUAUUUCUGCUAUCAGAUUACUCCUCGUGUUGCCUCUUCUUUAAAACAAUAAUGUAUGUUAGUAAUCAUAGUCAUUCAUAAUCAAAACUGGU